UGAUAGUUCAAUGCGUAGCAAAGCACAAGUGUCUCUGCCAUGUGGCGUCUUCUGAUUGGUCUUCUUGGAUUGCGUCAAUGAAGGAAACUCAGCAGGUUUCAUCCCGAACACAUCUUAGAUGUGCAGAAUAGCCUCGGGAACUGUGGCGGCACUUGCGUUGCUUGGACUUGUGGCAGUGCUUACUGGUUGCUCAAGGCAGAGGAGGGCCAAUUUGGAGCCAUCACCAAGCGCUCUGCUCCUUUGGAGACUGGGCAAGUGGCAUUUCCGGAGACACGAGGAUAGCUCUGCUUUGCUGGCAUACCACCAGGCAAAGCAGGUGCAGGAACAGGCUAUGACAGUCGGUUCAUGCCUCACUCCUCAGUUGCUUGCUGACAUCGGGUCAGCCAUGGACUCCAACACAUCUAGUCCUGUGGCACUCAGCCAGAAGCUUGAAGUGUAUGAGGAACUGGCUUUUGUCAUGGAGUCCUUUGUUUGGGAGGACCACUUUCUUCAACUCUCUGAUCAAACUGAGAUGCUGAAAGAGAUUGGCCUCGCCGCGCACGGUCUGCAGGCUGUGGAGCUGGAGAUGGCCACCUGGAAGGUUGCCCUGCGGCUGUGCCUUACCACUCGAUGUGAGCAAACCAUCCGACACGCUGAGCUUCUUCUUCGGAUCGGCGUGUCUCUUUCCAAGCAGCCGAGUCAGGACAUGGAGAAAGUUCUGGAUGUCUACGAAGAGGCCGAAGAGAUCUUCGUUACACUUGACAAGAAAGCACAUCCAUUGUAUGCGAUCCUUGUUCCUUGGUGCAGAUGUGCUCAGACCGAAACUCGCAAGAAACACCGUUUGAGGUGCACAAUGUGGGUGCGACAGCUGGGCAGCGCGGAGACCGAAAAGGUGAGAAAGAAUCGUUUGAGAAGGCUCUCGACAUUUACAGGAACACCAGCAAGAACUACACAGAGACCUACACCAGCUUAUUGUACGAAGUAGCACUGGCCAGAGAAGAGAUGGGGGAUUUGGAUGGAAGCCUUGAAGCUUUUCAAGAGGCAGAGCGAGCUUUCUUGCACAAUGAACACAUCAGUGAGAAAUUGCGACUCACACAUGUGGUUGUUAUUGGGGACAUGCGUCGCAACAGUGGUGAUAUAGCCGGAGCCCAGCAUGCCUACGAGAUUGCACAGAAGGUGCACCAACGGAGUGGAACGCUCAACACGCCGCAGGGACGGCUUGUACAAAAGAAUCUUAAGGACAUCAGAAGUACCCUCCAACAACUUCCGCAAAAGCAGCGCGCUUUGUUGGAGAGGGAAUUAGAAGUACAUCGUCGACCUGGACAGCCAGAAACCGCAGAAGAGGUGCAGGAUGGCCUGUACCUGCAGAGUGCUGGCAGGUAGCUAUGAGCUGGAUCGUCGCCCACAGCCUUUUGCUGCACGAGCUGGACAUCAUAUUUGCGCCGAACAGCCUAGGACCGAUCGGAGCACCCUCAUGAUCUUGAGCUCGCCGACGUGACCAGGGAAAAGAGAAGCAAAUGGGUG